GCUCUUAAUAUUGCGUCCACUAUAAAAGCCUGAGGGAAAUUAAUCCGUGAAUGAAUCUUGACCUUAACAUCCAACUUUGAUUACGGUGAUCUUGAGCAGAACACGCCGUGAAAUCUUCACCUAAAUCCUGAACACAGGCACAAAUCAUAUUUCUCCUUGGGUGUCGCUAAAUGGUCACAGUGAAAUGAUAUUUUUGGAACAUUUAUGAGGAGGACGUGACAAGCAUUCGCGGGACAGAAAACGAAGGAAAACAUUGAAUAUAAGCGCUUCAAAAUGGUGUUUAGUACCUUCAUUAUUCUUGGUGUGCUGUGGGUUGCAAGGGCCGAUUCAAACGGUGAGUAUUGAACCAGUAUCCAUGCAUGCCGUUAUUUCCAUCAAAAUACAUGUGGUCUCUAAUUUCUUUGAGCUCUUUUUUUGUUCGCUGCUAACCUUUUCUUGUACUGGUAUCAAAAUUUAGGAAGUCUUUAUAUUUAUAAGUUUGUGAUCUAAUGGAACUGUUGCACUAAAGUCGCAUCGUUAUUUCUCUCAUGUUGACUCGACACUCAUCACGUUUCUAUACUAAGUAAAACUUCCCAAGAGCCACUUUCAAGAGAACACGUUAACUUUACUUUAGAGUUAGGCUACAACACUUUGUAUAUGAAACUCACAAACAGCUGAAUUCAGUUUCUCUUCUAAAGAAACGCUGCAAAACGUGGGUAAAUCAUUUGUCGGCUAAACUUUUGAAGUGAUGAUUUAACAUACUCGCAGCAUUAUAAGAUCAGAAUGCCUUUUCAGAAGAAUUAAUUAACGUCCAACUUGCUGUAAUUAUGGCAAGAGUUUAUGCUCUGGUAUGUUCUUAUCUCGCUCUACUGGUAUUGGAUGAUGGCAAUGAGUCAUUUAUAGAACAAUUUGUCCCUUUUGAAUUUAUUACAAACAGCUACAACAGUAAUGUUAAACCAAUCAUAAUUAUAUUAUAGAGACAUAAAUCGGGUUGUAUUCAGCCAAGAUCACAUAUUUAUAACAUGCUCAUGUUUCUUGAUCAUACAUCCUCUGAUCAAAACUGUCACUCAGGAAUUUCAGGCAAUUUAUUGAUCUUGCUGUUUUUGCGUUUCAUCAAAAACUUCCCAUUAUCAGGCUGUGUUUAUCGUGGGUCCUAAGUCUAUCAUCUCUGUUUACCAUUCCUUUCAAAUUGUUUCCAUUGUUUCCCAGUUGUUUCAAAGUUUUGCUUUCUAAACAAACAACAGUUAUGCCAGUAAGAUGUGCUUGUCAUUUUGUAAACUAGUCAAUGGACGAUCGAGGCACUUUUACGAUAUUUUUAUAUUCAAGUUAUUUCUUUUUCGUCUUUUUUUCGAGUCGGCAAAAAUCCUCGAUGACGGAAAGUUGUCAUUCAACUUAAUUGUGUUGAACUGUCCUUUUUUUGUUGCUGUGAUGUUUCUUUUUCAGCAUUUCUAAAAAUAAGAAUCCCAGUUUUCAACCCCCUUUGGGCGAUUGGUUAAUGAAGAAAGAAAGGUCAAAAGCUCAAAAUGUGCUGUACCCACUGUUGAUUUGAGAAAAGAAAGAAAAACAAACAAAAAAUAAGACAGUUUGCACAAUACGACCUUAGGAGAGGGCACUGAUUAUUUAGAACACUCCUUCCUAAACAAGCAAUCCGACUGCUAAUACGAAAGCUUGAAAACUACCGCCUCGAAUCGCCAAGGCAAGCCUACUCUUUACAAAUGCUACCAAAGUAUGGACAUCUGUUCUAUUGGCCUGAAAGAUCCAAACUUAAACUCCAAAAGUGUUUACACCCCUUGAAACCCUCUCUAAACCACUCUUACUGUCCGAGUGCGGAGCAGUGUCCGACUGACUGAUUGGUCUGAUCGUCCCGAUCACCAAUAAGUAUUUCAUUUGCGCAAUGAAUUAAUUGAACCUGAUAGUAUCGAGCAAAAAUUCUUAUGUUAGACAUCUCUUCUAUUUACAAAGGAAAAAUUUCAUUACAGAGGAAAGCAGGCCUAGGUACCCCGUUAGUAUUUCGUUCACUCGGACUGUUGAAUUUAUAAACGUAUUUCCAGUCGUAGUCCUUGAAUUAUAGCCACCCUCCAGGCUCUAAGCCUCCUCAAUGGACACUAGCUGAACGAUGAAAUAUAGAUCUGUUUUGGCUAUAUGUUGUCAAGUUUGAGGUUUCCGGCUAAAUGAAUGAAAUAAUUUGUCGCAGUGAUAAUUUGGCAGAAGACCCAAGUGUGUAAUCAAUUUCCGGUCACUUGGCAAUCUCACGCCUUGAAAUUCACAGAUAUACAAUGAAACCUAAAGAAUCAGUGACAAUACACAGAUCUUCCCUUCUUUGAAAAUUCUGCGUUCAUAAAAAAAUGUCAAAUAAAGCCCCAGUUUGUUCAACCAAAAAGAGAGUAAACUGAAGUUAACUGUUUCAAACCCAUGAGCAUUUCUGAUCAUGGCAUUUUCAAGUUUGUCCGAGUUCGUAAGGCUUAUAGGUGGCGCGCACAGCUUAUUCCACGACACGUAAUCCACUUUAAGCUUUUAAAACAUGCAAGUACGGAAAGUGCAAAAUGGAUAAAACAAACUCGAAUUAAAGCUCUUUUUCCCUGUAACAAUGACAUAUAAUAUAGGGCGUAAUAUUGGAGUUCUUGUUUUGCCAUCUUUAACUCAUAUUCGCGAAAGCCAAAACGAAGGAGGAAGUCCUUUGCUGUAUACAGCCAUUGCGAGAUAGGUCGUCGGAAAAAUGUGCACGCGUCAAUACCGAAAGGUAAUGUGGGAUAUGAUCAAAUAAACUGUGCCUGACUUUGUAGCUCUCGAACCUACUUUUGUUGCUUUCCUUUAGCACUCGCUAUCAUACGUCCAUGGCCUCUCGUGCCAUUCUUUCAAAUUUCUUCGAAGAACAGUUAACUCAAAACCACCUACAAUUAAAGCUUUCGGGAUUGUCGCGUGCACUUUUUCCGACAACCUUUCUCGAAAUUAGAGCUUUAAAUUCAGUGGCUGAUCGAAGGCAGAUUAAAGAAUUAUACUGAACCAAAUACGACAUUGCUUUAAGCAGUGUCGUGACAAGAGAAGUUGAUUCUCUCGUGCACUUUAGUAGGGGGUCAUUAUUGGUGACUAGGUAACUUCAGUGUCUCAUCUCAUCAUGUACGGUGCAUCUCAUAAUCGACUAAUGCAGCCGUCUCCUACCAGAGAAUCGCAUAUCCUACCCAUAUCGCUUUCGUAAUCUUGCGCGCUGGCUGGCUUGCCAACGGGUAUGAUGAUGCUUUCCUAGCGGGCACACUAAGUAAAUGCUACCAGAUUCAAUACUGGUUCGUUUGUGUGGUGAUUUCCUCCUAACUUCUAGCCUGCGAAUACAGCCGUUUCGCGAGUUGCAAGGAGUAGAGACAAACGACUGUAUUCGCAGGUUACCUAACUCCUUAAGGCGGCUACAUUCACGUUCGCAAUUCUUUUUUGGUUACUGACGAACAACACAAUUUCCCUUUUCGCCAGGCGCCGAGACCCGUUUCACCAAACUGUUUUAAAAACCCUCCAAGAAGAAGUCCAAAGAGGGAUUGAAUUUGGUUAACAGUGUGGACCUGGCGUGAUUUCGAACCUUUUUAAAGACGAUAUGGGUUUCAUUUUCAUCACUUAAAGUGCUUUAGUUUUCACUCAAAACAGCUGCAAGCCACAUUUGUGCCUCGACCGUCCUGAUUCUGCUAGCAUGACAUAAAUAGAAAACUAUGCUCUUAAAAAAAAAUACGGUAUAGGUGCAAGAGAUGACUAUAGGAGAACGGCACCAAGCUACAGUGCAGGGACGAUAACCUUUAGAACUGUAUAGCUCAUCAAAACCAACGUCGGAGGUUUUAUAAACUUUCUUAAACUAGGCCAGUUUUUCACCCCUGUUACGUCUUUCUCGUUAUAAUUAGAUUAUGGUCAUUCAUUUUACUCUCUAUACAUUGUUAUCGCCUCGUUAGCAAUAUUUUGCUCUUUGUUAAAGUAACGUUUUUCGGUUCACUUCUAGCAUUUAGAGCAGAUAAGACUAAUUUUUUCAAUAUUGUGUUUUAUAAUUUGUCUUAAUCUUUUCAAUGCAAUCUUGUCUCUGCACCUUUUUAGCAUUUAACUUUACAUCAGUAAGUAAUUGUUUCCAUGUUGUUACUUCAAUCUGUACGAUACUGAGUUGAAGAGAAUGAAGGCACAAAUCUACAAGGAAUUAACAAACAGAGAAAUUUCAUUUUUCUAAUUCUCCUCUAUUCCCUUCGCGAGGGUUGCUUUGCCUCUUCUGUAAACCUUUUUAGGUGUAAAAAUAUUGCCAGGUUUUGUUCAGGUAUGAAUAUGGGACUGCAUGGACUUUUCGCAGAAGCACGCAAGAUCCUUUUAUUUAGAAAACGCUGUAACAUACACGCAACUGUCCUGAUUCAUUCAACGUUCUCUCUUUUCUUUCGUUUGCAUUCCCUUUCUUUUCUUUUCAAAAUAGCAUUUCAAUAUGUCUUAUUCCUGAAAAUCACGAGGACAUAAUUUCUUGAUGACGAUUGGUCAGCCUUUCUCGUUCUUGUGUGGUUAAGGAUGAUAAUCAUGGUUAACGUUUGCUUGGGGCAAUAUUAAACAAAACCUACAAUCGAUGUUUUUGGCAAUAAACUCAUUUCCAUACUAACACCCCAAAAAAGACCCAAAUUAUAGAGGGCGUAAAAUUGAAACUGCUUUCAAAUCUGGAUAUACGCUUUGGUGACUUUUAUGUUACGAAUCGUGCGCAAGAACAACUUUCCAUUUGUGACAUUUUUCAUUUUCACAUAAAAAUAAAUAAGUACAUUUUAAGAAAAAGUAAGUCUUAAUUUAGCCUGGGUAGCACGCGUCUAACUUUCGCGGGUUAGAAACGAAAUGUCGGCUGUAUUCAAUAUUAUUAACAUCUUCUGUAAUUCUCACAACUAAUUUUUCUUUCCUUUCAGAGCUUGAUCCACCUAGUUAUCUUGUUGGGUAUGUAACUGGUGAUACGUCGAUCAAACUCUCCUGGGAAGUUAAAUCUUCUUCAAACAAUACAGUGUUUGAGCUAAGGUGGAAAAUAGGCGACAACGAAUCGUCUAUGUUGCUUCCCGGUUCAACUGGAACUAUCACACUAAAGAAUCUCCGAGUUUACACUCAGUAUCUCUUUCGAGUAAGAAAAGGUACUGUGGAUGGCAAAUGGGGUGCAUUUACCAAAUUCACAAGUAUCUGGACCCCGGAGGGAGGUAAGAAUAUGAACGGUUAUGACAAAAAACAGCGUUAAUUGGUUUAUUCUCAGACCGUAUAUUUUUUUCUUUAAAGAUCGUUCGGCGCAAGUAUGAACUGCCUGAGAUUCAUUAACUGCCAGCGCAGUGGGGUUGGGUGGGUAAAUGCCACUCUCGUUCUCGCAUGUUCAAAUAUCCUGAAACAAGUAAACAAAGAAAGAAAAGACGAACACGUCUACGGACAGGCUAAGUGUUAACAAGACAAAUCAUUAUUCUUUACAAAAGGGAAAAAGCCCAAAAAUAUUAAAUCGUAGGCAUGUGCACCUCAUCUCAAAUGUGCAAAUAUGGAGGCCAUAUAGAAAGGGUUACGCCCGCAAUGAAUGAUCAGAUUUCUGUCAAGCUCCGAACAUGUCUCGUUAUCCGGUGUAUGACAUUUGCAAACUGCAGACUGCAGACUGCAGACCGCAGAUUGCAGAUUGUAAAUUAAAAGACACCAAAAAUCUUCCUAAUAAAGGUGACACCAUCAAAAAUAUAACAUCGUGUGAAAGUGAGAAAGUAGCCUGGGAACAUGGUUGAUAUUUUUGCGCAAAGUUACAUUGGCCUCAUUUCCAAGUUGCUGCUGACUAUUCUUUUUAUUGACUCACCCGGCAUAUCACUAAUUGCGAUGAUUCUUUAUUCUUCUUUGAAUUUGAUUCUUGUGAAUUGAUAAUGACAAUUAGCAAUGCCCACCAAUGCCUGUCUAAAUAGUAGUCUGCUGUAAAAAGAAAAGUUUUUAGAUUGCGAACACUUCGUGCUCACUAUAGUUACAUUGACAAAAACAACUAGGAUAGAUCACGGACAUUUAACAUCUUUUAAAUGACGUAUUUCAGCGGUAUUUAAGGACAUGCCAAAUAAUCUAAACCGAACAGAUCCUACCUGGACUCGACGAAUUACCGGAAGUGCAUUUUGAAUUUCUAAAUAGGCAACUCGACAAUGGCUUUUUUAACAGGCCAAUCAUUGCUCAUACUCAAAUCCUAGUACAAAGGUAGGGACCCCGUAGAAUAAGGAUUCCGGCGCUGUUUCACAGACGUGACAGACUUAUAUAACCAGAGUUUUGUUUCGUCUGUGGUGCAGGCUAAAUUGCUAGCCUGUUGCUAUGGAUUCAUGAGCGAGUUUGUGACAUCGGCAGACCUUAUUCUGCUCUAAUUCAAUACGAGAAGAACAGCCAACAACUCCUUCAGGAAUGAGGUCGGUGUAAUUUGCGUGAAAAAUAUAAACUUCGCUUCUAGGCCUUACAUGUACUUCUCGGAACAAGGUAAUGUUGAUGAUGACGCCACCUUUAUUACGAUAUAUUUAGUGUCACUCAAUUUACAGUCUUGCUGCCUCAUGCAGUCUGCAGUCUGCAAAUGUCAUACACCGCUCAUUAUCCGGCAGCAUCAGGUCAAAAGCGUACCUCUUUUCCUUUAAAAGGGUCUACCAAACGGGGUAAAACCAUCAAAUAAUUUGCUUAGUCGUCAAAAGAAACUUUAAUUUUAUGGGUGUGCAUAGUUCGUCUCACCAGGAGAAGACGCUACGACUAUAAAUUAAGCGUCAAAUUUUUCAGUCUUCGCCCGUAAUUUCCACAGUCUCUUUCCACCAAACUUUAUUCAAUUUCAUGCCCCAUUUUUAUCAUUGGAGUGUUGCAAAAUUUGAUUUAGAAACAUCUUAGUUAAGAACCUGUUGAGAUACAAGGGAAAAGUAAAAUCACGCGUAUUUUUUUACUAAUUAAAACUGUUAACUGAACUAAUCGCUAUCUACUUUGUAAUAGUACCCACAGCCCCGCCAGACAAUGUGACAGCAUACAACACCAGUUCCUUCAGCAUUAUGGUGUUUUGAUCGCAAGUUCCCAAUCCCUACCGUAACGGCCUGGUGGUUGGUUACAAAGUCUGCUAUAAACGUGCCGAUAUCAUUGAGAGUGUGUUGUACUGCAUAGCUGUUUAUGCCCUGGGGAUGGAAAUUGGGGGCUUGAAAACAUAUACACCUUACUGGAUCACAGUCCUGGCUUAUACUACCAAGGGCGAAGGUCCAACGAGUAAACCUCUAUUGGUGUGGACCGAUGAGCACGGUGAGUGAAAUUGUGAUAAAAUUUUUGUCAACAAAGUUUUUGGAUUCAAAACUUAGCCGAGGCAAGACAACGAGCAGUUGUCCCACCUCUUCGACGGGCUAAAUUUAUCGCGAAUUUUGCCCACGUUAACAAUAGUGGCUAUGGGAAACGCCUUAAGGACGAGGUUGCAAUAGUGGCUGUUGAAUCAUGUUUUAAACGAAGUUAAUGGAAGUUAACAAAAAAUCUCUGGUAAACAAUUAAGAAAAUCAAAGGAAAGCUCUAAGAAGUCUACAAGGAGUGUCUCCAGAAGUAAAAAGUAACCUUACUUCCUACUGGCUGAGGCUAGACAAACAGGCUGACUUUAAUUACUGACUGACUACUGACAGAGUGACUGACUGACCUACUGACAGACUGACUGACUGACUUGUGACUGACAGACAGACUGACUGAUUGACUGACUGACUGACUAGUGACUGACUAACAGACUGACUGACUCACUGACUGAAAAACUGACCGACUAUCUGACGGACGGACAGACUGACCAACUGACUGACUGAGGGAUGAACCUUUUGUUUUUGAUACUAAGAAGUGAUGAUUCAUUUCAGUUUCCGAUUUUCUUUGUCUUUCAGUUCCGUCAGCAGCACCGAAAUUAUUGUCUUUUUCAUCCAACAUCACUGCAAUCAAAUUUUCUUGGGCCCCAAUACCUCAAAAGCACGUUAACGGAAUCUUGCGUGGUUACUACGUCAUCUACUGGCAGUGGCCGCGGGCGUCUCCUGACAAUCUUGUGAUUCAAGUAAACCAGUCAACUCUCAGCGUGGUCAUUACAGGUCUCCAGGAAAACACCACAUAUGGGAUACGCCUGGCAGGGCUUACUAAAGUCAGGGGCCACAUUAGGAAUGGCGCUCUUAGCCAUACUUAUAAUGUUACUACAAAGUAUGGUAAGGAGGAAUGAUUUUGAUAUUUCUCGUCAAUUUAAUGCUGAACUUUUGUAUCACUUUGUCAGAGUCACGUGUCUACUUUUUCUGCGAACAUCAAAUCGGCAGAUAACAUCUCUCUAUCAACAUUAAACAACAGCAUUAUACCUAACUGACUGGAAAGGGCGCUAUUCCGGUAAAACUUAGGUCUUUGUUGGAAAAUAGGGGAAGACCAAACAUCGGUGAUUGUUGUUUAAAAUCUCUAAUUUUGAAGUUUAUGAUUGGCGGUAUUAAGAUUACAACGGGGAUAAACUUUUUUUUGUUGUUGAAAUUAUUAUAGUUGGAGAGUAAGCGAUUUGUGUCUACAGAAAGAAAGUAUUAGAGUAAGUAGAGAAUGGGGGAGAAAUAAUCAAACUAACCGCUGCUUGAUUAGCUCAGUUGGGAGACCUCCGGUCUGCUAAGCGGUGGGUCGCGGGUUCAAACUCCGGUCGGACCGACACUCAGGUUCUUUACCGAAAUGACUGAGAAGACAGUGCUACCUUUGUAAUGACAUAAGCACACGGUAAGACUUUCUAGUCUUCUCGGAUAAGGACAAAAAACCGUAGGUCUUGUUUCACAGCACUCUCACUUAUCAGGUUCUAGUAUGAUGGAAAAGAACCCACACCACUGUUCGAAAAGAGUAGGGGACGUAAACGCCGGUAGUGUGGCCAACCUCUCCUGGGCUGGGUGGGUUAUCUGUAAGGAGAUAUCUGAAUAUAGGGAUAACCUUAUGUUCCUCCUUUAGAUGUCGUAAUGGCUACCUGCAAACAGUUUAUGAACGUGUCGAACAGCUCAACUACUAUUGAAUAUUCAUUGUUAGGUCUUAGUCUCUGUAAUGUACGGCUUAAUAAGUCACUAGCUUUAAGCACUUGCACUUACGACAGGUUAUUUGUUAAACCUCUUUAUUUUUCUCUACAGUCUUAAAAGCUCCGCAGAACGUCAAAGUAUUCAGUUCCUGUUCUACCUGCUUGAGAGUGAGCUGGGAUCCAGUUUACAUUCCUGAUAUUGACAAUCCUGUAACAGGCUAUCGCCUAAUAUACCGUGACACAUCAGGGAAGGUGUACACUAACGAACUUGGACCUAAACAAUCCACUGUUCAUCUGACGGGUCUUGUCAAGUUUUCUACAUACACGAUAACAGUGUCUGCAAUGACUGAAGCAGGAUCGGGGAGGACCAGUGAACCCAUUACUAUUGUCACGCUCGAGGACGGUUAGUUGCAUCCUCAUAUACCAUGACCCAUAAUACUAGAAAGAAUGACAUGGUCUUCGCAAAUUAUUCGUUAUAGUUUUUGUCAGUUUGCUGUUUUGUCGGUUGGUUUUGUUUUCGUUUUGUUUUUUGUUUUUGUUUGUUUGGUUUUUUUAUGUUUGCCAUCUUUUUUGUUUUUGCUUUUUCCCUAAUCACUUGUCGCGAUAAAAAAUAAGGCUCUAGAGUUCAAGUAAGUAAAGGAAAUAAAAUGGAACAGUCAAAUUAAAAAAUAUGUUAACAGGGUAAGCAACAGAGUUAUGAAAGAUGCGCAUAAAUAAUGACAUGUGAGUGACUUGCGGGAGUGGGUAACCAGUGGUUUCCCCUCGGGAAGAUGUCUGAGGAACGAGCGCAGAAAAUCAACACUGAUGAGGUCUCACUAACCAGAUCUGGGUGGUGCUUAUGAUUCGUUGAAUCAAAUUUCCCUCUCGGCACGACCAAUGGGAGACACUACCCGGAUCCCAGAUAUGAACAGUGACGCAUCAUCAGUAUGGAAGUUCUGCGCUCCUUCCUCGGACGUAAUUUCGCGGGGAAACCGGUGAUAUCGUCCCAGAAUGUCAGAUGUUUUCUCCGACUACUCCCGACAAAAAUAGCACUGUAUUGUUGGUCUUAGUCCCUAGCCGCGCCCCAGUAUCAAUCCAGGUGCAAAGCACUGGACCUCGAAGUAUCUUAAUAGAGUGGAGCCCAGUCCCCCAGCAGUACGUGCACGGUAUUCUACGAGGCUAUCACGUUUACUACAAAACGGGAAGGCCCAAAGUUAAACGUUCGACAAGUCUUGUGGGGGUAAUAAAGGCCAUGUCUGUUAACAAGUCGAGUCAGAAUUUGGAAAUAAUAGGCUUGGAACCCUUCACCAGCUAUGAUGUUUGGGUUGCUGCGUUCACUGAUGCGGGCAGCGGACCAUCAAGUACUCCUGUCACCGUAGUUACCGAUGAAGAUGGUAAGUACAUCACGUGACUUUUCACAAGACAAUAGGCCACUGCGGAAAAUAUUAAAAUUGUAUUCUUUAAGUUGUCGUUUGGAUAGUGAUUCAUGUAAACCUACUUUUGCAUUAUCUUUUCUACACAAAUAGCUCUUGCGUCCUUUCGCCAAAAAAUUUGGGUACUGCAGCAGGAGCUUGUGGGUAUUGGCUCCUCUACUCAGCUUGUUUGGGUCACGGUGCAAACGCAGUUGUGAGCACCUUUGUCUUUUUAAUACAUUCAGAAACUUGUCAACGAGAGAAGUGAGAUGGAAGGAAUUCCUUUUAAAAUUUACGUGCCGUUGUAACAAAAGAGGACGGAAUAAUUACACGCUAUAGAUUUCUACGUGCAGUGGGGCAAAGAAAGAAAGAUAAUGUGAACCUCAGGUUUACAUGAGGCUCUAUCCAACUGGCAAUUUUAUAGGAUCGGAAGAACGGAGUUUUUCAACUCAGUUUAAACUUUUCCGACUUCAAUGUGACCAACGUAGUAAGCUGGAAAAUGAACUUUUCUAAAUCGACUAUCAUGCAUCUGAAACCACUUUGUUUGUCUUCGUACUAGCACCAUCUCGACCUCCACGAAUUCGUAACAUCUCAGCUAAAACCUCUGAAUCGGUGUUCAUACGAUGGGAACACAUUCCACAGCGACACGUAAAAGGAAUACUGCAAGGCUAUCAAGUGCAUUACAACGAAGAGAGCUCCCGCUUUCCGGUCUUAAAGAAGAACAUUACGGUAAAUGCAUCUGUCACACACGCAACGUUGCACCACUUGAAGCCGAUGACCAGGUAUCGUGUUUGGAUCGCAGGCUUUACGGCAAAAGGUGCUGGACCUUCUAGCGAGAAAGAGUUUGUCUCCACGCCCCAAGCCGGUAUGUUUAAGAAAGUUGUAAUUAAUUAGGAAAUCUUUCAGAAUACAACACUAACAUAUAAUACCCUAUACUGAGGCCGCAGAAGCUUUGCACUGGACACUGUAAGUUUCUUUUUCUUAUUCUUCCUUAUCAUCUUCUUCUUGUCUUAGCGAUAAAUUGAUUUUGGAGGUUUCAAUUGGGGUGCUGGGGGGGUGGGGGUGUGGGGCUGGCAAGGAGAGAAACAGCUCACAUUGCGUAAAACUCGGACUUGAAAAGAUCAACAAGUCCACAACACUUAGUAAAAUAUUAUAUACACCUCCACAAAAAACCAACAGUAAAUUUGAUUACUUUGAAAUCAAAAAACCAUUUCUUAAUUACAUUCCAGUCCCAGACAGCCCUCAUAGAGUGAAGGUGUUUACAGUGACCCCAAGGAGCGUGCGCAUAACUUGGCGUAGUAAUCCGGCAACUACUAACAGCGUGACGCGUUACAUGGUAAAGUGGCUGCAUGUGGGUAACCCCGCUGACUCCAACGUAGAUGGUCAUAACAUUGUGAAUGCGGGCUCUCCAUACCGCAGGGAAGCCCUGGUUGGUGGACUGACGCCUUUUAACAUGUAUUCUUUUAUGGUGCGGGAGGAAGUUGGACAGGAUAACUGGAGCAAUUUUUCUGCUGCUGUGAAUGUCAUGAUGCCAGAAGAUGGUAUGUUGAAGUUCCACAAAAUUAUGCGAACUGUUUCACCACUUAUACUAGGCUUUGAUAGAUUGUACUCGUAAAAGUAGUAUAAAAUGCUAUGAGCAGUGCUCGCAUAUUUCUAAAAUUAUGCCAAUAAUUAUGCUAGUUCUUGUAAAUUAUGCUCAUUUUAUCAGAAAAUCCAGAAAUUAUGCUCCCUCUUUCUACUUUAAAUUUGGUAAAGACACCUCAAUGGCUACACAAAAAAAGCAAGUAGAUGGCAAAUACGUUAACUUUAUUUACAUCUAGAAAGUGCAUAAUUCAUUGUCUGACCACGGGGAUAAAAAUUUUAAAAAUUAACAACCAGCAGGCGGACGCCAUCUUGGGUAGCCGAGAAAGUUAUGCGCAUGCGUUGAGUCCUGUGAAAGGAGUCUAGGUCCCAUGAAUAUGACAAUAAACAAACAAAAAAAGUGAUUUUGUUUCUUAAAUUUGCCUGUAACAAUCAAUGAUCUCGUGCCCAAAAAAAUGGUUGCACGGUGAGACCAAAAAAUAGUUCUUUUUGAGAGCACAUUCACAUUUUGGUGCCAGGAAUAUCAAAACCAGCAUUUUGAAUUGCGUUUUUACCUGUACAUUUACGCGUUUUUA